UUAAAUCAUCGUAAAAUUAAAAAAAUUGUUGUGCUUUUGUUAUUUUCCUCCUUUUGCUCGUAUCCAGGAACAUUCAGAAAAUGUUAGGUAUGCGCCUGUAACAGCAGCUGUGGGUCCCGUGCAUGUUGUUUGUAAUCUGACAUCAGCACAGCGUCACUGUCCGUCCUAAAAAUAACCGAGUGAAAGACAUCCAGUCCGUCCCAGUGACUUGGCAAAAGCCCUCUCGCCAUGCGGCCCGCUCCAUGUUGAUCCGACCAGCUGCUCGGCUGCAAACAACUUUCAGAAAAGGACGAUGAGCCGUUAUUUCCCCUCUCUUCUCCUGUGGUAAACCCUGGACCGGAUUUUUGAACAUUCCCUCCCAUAGAAGAUCUGACCUACAUUUUGAACUAGAGUUGACCAUGGUGCGUAAUGUGGACGACCUGGACUUCUGCCUGUCCUCUCAUCCUCAGAGCAUCCUGGAGGGCUUGCGUUCACUCUGCUCUCACCCCAAACUGGUCGACGUAACGCUGAGCGCGGGAGGCCGGGACUUCCCCUGUCACCGCGGCGUGCUGGCCCUCUGCAGCACGUACUUUCACAGCAUGUUCUCGGGCGACUUCGUGGAGAGCAUAGCCGCACGCGUGGAGCUGCACGAUGUCGACCCCGACACCCUCGGCCGCCUGCUGGACUUCGCCUACACGGGCAAACUAACCAUCAACCAGAGCAAUGUGGAGGGGCUGAUCUGCACCGCCAGCCAGCUGCAGUUCCAGACGGUGAGGGCCGUCUGCAGCCGAUACCUCCAGCACCAGAUCGACGCGACCAACUGCCUGGGAAUCCUGGAGUUCGGGGAGAUCCACGGCUGCCCGGAGGUGGUGGCCAAAGCGUGGGCCUUCCUCUUGGAGAACUUUGAGGCAGUGCAAAACGGUGAGGAGUUCCUACUGUUGAAAAAAGACAGCCUGGUCGCCUGCCUGUCCGAUGAAGGACUACAAAUUCGGUCAGAAUGCACCCGUGUGGAGGGCAUCCUGAAGUGGGUCAGUCACCACAAGGAGUCUCGGCUCUGCCACCUCCCUCAACUCCUCACCUUGUCCCGUCUCGCUCUGCUCAGCCUGGACUACCUGGCCGACACCCUGCUGAAGGACAGUCUGGUUCAGGCCUCCCCCAGCUGCAGGGAGGCUGUGGAAAAAAUUCACAGAGAGAAAGUGGAUUUGGCCUCAGAAUAUUUGGACAGAGUCACCCCGCAGAUUCCACAACCAAACUUGCAAGAGGUGCUGUUUGUAAUGGGAGGUCGAUCGCUGGAUGACGAUGAUGAUGAUGACGACUCGGAUGAAGACGAGGACAGAGACCCAAGACUGCAGAGAUUGCUGCCCAGGAACUGUGCCUUCUACGACACAAAGACUAAACAGUGGCACGAGCUCCCUAAUUUCCCCAACCCGAACAAAUGGGGUUACUCUAUGGUCUCCUUGAACAACGAUGUUUAUGUCACAGGGGGCUCGCGAGGUUCAAAUACCAACACCUGGUCGACCACAGAGACCUGGAAGUACAUCACAAAGCAGGGGAGGUGGGUUACCGUGGCACCCAUGCUCCGGCCUCGGACUAACCACACGUCGGCAAUGCUCAACGGGGAGAUUUUCGUCAUUGGAGGUACGACAUCAGACAAAGUUGAGGUCGAGCAUUACGACCCUUACAGCGACACCUGGGCCCUGACGUGCCCCGCUUUAAAAUACGUGACCAACUUCACCGCCACGGCGUGUCAUGGGAAGCUCUAUGUGAUCGGUUCGUGUGCUGUCAAGUACAACGCUUUGACCAUGCAAUGCUACAACCCUGUUAUAGAUAACUGGAUCAGCAUUUGUUCGCCCUUCAUCCCAAAGUACUUGUCCUCUCCCCGCUCUGUCUGUGUGGACGGCAUCAUAUAUCUGGUGGCUGACAACACGAAGAAAGUCUACUGCUAUGAUCCGGAGGCCAACAUGUGGCAGAAGGUCCAGCUCCUCCACAUGCUUCACGAGAACGGCGGCCUGGUGACGCUGGACGGGAAGCUGUUUGUCACUGGCGGCCAUUGGAAGGGUAUGGAGGGCGACUACGGGGUGGAAGUGGAGUCUUACAACCGGGCGUCCGACACCUGGGAGGUGGAGGGCUUCCUGCCCAGACUCUGGUUCUACAGCGGCGUCUGCACCAUCUUCCUCGACCCGUCGCAGUGGCCCGAGCUGUUCCCCGUAGAUCUGGCAUAGCGGCCUCCUGGCCCGUCCCGUCCCGUCCCGACGGGGUCAGAGAGUUCACAGAGACGUGUUCCUGUCAUAUUAUUUUACAGUGCAAGUUGUCCUGUGGAACAACAGGACGUCAUUGUGCCCUAUAAUAGUGUGCUACGUGAUCCUCAGGUAUUUGUUGACAGAUUUCAGGGCCGGCUUGGCGGCCCGGCUGGUGUUUAUUUAUUCUUUGUAUCAUGUGUUUGAGAUCUGGAUUCCCUUUUUUGUGUUAUUGAAUUAUUGCCAGUGACUCAUUAAAUCCCUGGAGAAGCGG